CACCCGCCAUCUUGCUGCCUUUCGACAACUGACAUGUCUUUCUAAUGUUAUUAUCACUCAACUAUUUACGCCAAACGUGAUCCAAGGUGUUGCAAAUCCCCAAAACCCUCCGCCUAGUAAAUAAUAAAACUCACCCCAGUGGAUUUUCAAGGCCUUCCACCCCUGUUCGUACCCAAAUAAUCUUCAAUAGUCCAGAAGAAGCCCCUGGUGCUCCAAGUGAGAUAAUCUGAAUGUGACCACUGAUCGACACUAUCACGUGGAGGACUCGAGUCGUCAUCAUGUUUUAUUGGUAUUCAUUGAGGUUGGACGUUUGUCAAACAUAACCAACAAAUCUAAAAAGCUCAUCAACUUAUUUUAAUCCCUGUCAAUGGCAAUGACGUUUGACGUUCAAUGGAAAUAAACGUCACACUGAUCAACUGAUCGACCCCGGAGGAUCAUCGAGCUUAAUUAGGAGGAUGAUAAACGGCUGCAUGAGGUGGAACAGUCUGGAGCCAAUGGAUUCGAUGAAAAUACAGAUCAAUCAGACGAUGGACAGUAAACUAAAGUUCUCGGAUCGUUUGAAAGCCCUCUUGAAAACUGAGUCACGACAGGAUGUCGAUCCGUACGUAUUCAGUGAGCCUGAGCCAAUGCUCUCCACAAGGGCAUCAGAGGUGAAGAGAAAUCACCAGGCAACGAUAAAGUCCACGGGGAGGGGCAAAUGCGUCAAGAGAAAAACCAAGGAUGCCACUGUGGGGACGAGUGAGCCACAGGAUGACUUGGAUCCAAGUGACAGGACUUUGGAGUUGUUGACCAAUCCUCUGAGAUCCAAACGAGAUGAUCAGGCUUCGCAGAGGCGACAGGGACGUGAUCACACGUUGCUUUAUUAUCCGAGGGCUGGUGACGAAAUAUCAGACAGUGAGUCCAGUGGUGACGAGCUGAGUAUUUAUCAGAGACACUGGUUCACUGGAGAGAUUACGGGGUCUAGAUCUGCCAGACUGUCCCAGGUGAGGUCACAGCUCAGGAGACGUCUCGUUCAGCUGCAUAAGGGUGGACAGGAGUCUGAACGAUUGCUCAGGAUGAGAACUCAGAGACUUCUCGAGACGGCUGCAAGGAGUCAGCUGACGAAUCGCCUCAGAUCAGCUGUCAUAAGCAGAUCGGCUGUUCCUCUUCUUGCUGGUGGAGCCUGCGGUGUCGAUGGCUGCAGGCAAUCGUCAUUACCAUCCACUCGUCAUUGUUCCCAACAUAUUAUGCUUAACAGUGAUCAAUUGUUAUUCGAGCACUGCACUGCCAAAUUCAGUGACAAUACACAGUGUUGUGUACCUGUUUUUGAUGUUACGCAUGAAUUACCGUUGUGCCCCGAGCACGCACGUAAACGUGACAAUUAUAAUCGUAAAGCUCAGGAAACAAAGCCAAAGAAAACGAGAAAAAAGUCGACGUCGCCAAGCAUUCCAAGGCCCAAGAGUAAUAAGUCGAGGCCCAAGAAGAGAAAACGACCACCAACGAUAAAGCCUAUUGAGGAGAAACUUGUUGACUGUUUUGAGGAGCAUUAUGGAGGGGAGAUUAUUCAGGACAACUUGGGGAACAAGACUUUGAAUAAUAUUAAUAUUGUCGCACAGGGCACCUCCAAUACCAAUCUCAAUACACUUGGAUUGGGUCUAGGAUCACUUGGCCUUGGAGGAGGGCUCAAGGUGGAACUCGGCGAUCAUGAGGUCUUUGCUGCCCUUGAUCCCACUGAACAUGACUUUGGCAAUGUUUUGAAUAAUCUACCCGCUGAUGCUUUCAAUGAUUUGUUUAUUGAGAGUCGAAAUGGCGAGUACGAACCCUCGAGGGAGGAGGAGGAAGAGCUCGAAAGGGCUCUAGAAGCUGUAGACAAGGACGUGAGAAACCUCGAGCGAAUGGGCCAGACCCAUGGACUCCUAGAACCCGCGUUACUCGCCCAACUCAUGUCAGACAUUGCCUCGUAGCCAACAACCUAAUCCCAAUGAUCAAUCAAGAUAAAUUCGUUAAGUGGUUCAACUCAAGUGUGUUUGAUUUUGAAAUAACGAGUGAAAACAAUGCGUCUGUGUAUGUGGGAUGGCUUUUACGUAAACAAUUGUAUCAAUUUAUAUUGUUGUAUAGUCUGGCUCAGUGUUAACAGAACGAUCAACAGUUUCAGCUGACACACGAGGAAAAAUGGAAAGAAUAUUAUCUUUCCCGUGCACUGUAGAACAUUUAGACCUAGUGCGAGUCACGAGGAAGAGGAAAAUUCAUGAUUAUGUUUUUCUUAUGAGGAAUAUUAAAUCCUGAGCAGGUACCUUCAUCGGUAGACGUACGGCUAGAUUCCUAUUUUUAUCCAAUAUUUUCUAUUCGCUGUCUUUUCCUCCUCGCGAUGUGAGUAAUUCAGUAACAAAAAAAUGAGCACUGUGAUUACCAUUUUUUUUUUUACCAUAGGGUAACAACACAAAUGUGAAUACUAUUGGAGGAUGUUCCGUUUUAUCUAGUUUAGGUGUUUGGUCACAUUGACCGAGUAAUGGCAACAAAUGUAGGUAAAAAUUUGGUGAGAGUAAAUCAAUUUUUGAAUCUCUUGAGUCUCAUUGACUCUCCACUGACGGAUCGCUUUUUUUUUCUCGAACAUGUCUUGUUUCGAGGAAAUUCGUUCUGUAAUCGUGUGGCAAAGGGAAGAAUUUCUUUCCGAAAUAUCUCCGAAAUCGAGAGAGAUAAUAAAAUUUUUAUUGGAAUCUUUUUCGACAACUUUUACCACAUUAUUACUGAAUUGCAACUUACAAAUUACCAAAAGUCCGACUACUUGUGAUAAACGUAGGGUGUAAUGAGAAUUAAUUUUCUCUUCUACGAGGUGUCACAAAUUAUUGUUUUACUCAGCAAUAUUUGUAGUAAAGGACUUUUGAUAAUUUGAAUUUUAAUUUGAUUCAAGCAAAACUGAUUGGAGAAGAAAAAUCUUCCUCUAGUGUGUGGAACAUUUUGACGAUAAAUUUUUCCAUUCCUCAUCGUCAAACAAUUUAUCUAAAUGUGGAUGCUCCUGACAUACCAAUUCUAGUUUUUUUUUUUUUUUUUUCAUUUUUUUCCUAGAUUAAACAAGGCAAAAGGCCUCGGGAGCAAAAAAAAACUGGUGAAACACGACGAAAACUUGACAUCUUUUCUGCAUGAUAGAGGAACAGACAUUUCUGGAUGAUGGCUUGUAGAUAUAUUAUUUUUGUAGGAACUAGGAGAGGAUGAAUAAUUCAGUAGUGAGAGGCAUAAGAUAACAAGUCAACUUGUUAUGAGGGUGACAACACCCUCUACCUCUUCGCCACUGAAUUCCAAUAAAUAUUGUAAAAUACGAGACAGUUAACAUUUUUAAACAAUCAUUAAGAAUUGACCCGAAAUUUCCCGGAAUUCGUUUGAUCCUGUUCCUGUGAAAUGAACGAUUGGUUAGUCAUUUGACAGAUAUUUCCUUUCUCCUUGACUGAGAUUUCACCGAGAAAAUGACAGUUUUUUUUUACUCAGGAGACCUCUUAAAAGAUGUCAAUGUCAUUUGAAAAAAAGAAAAAAAGAAAAUCUUUACUUUCUCUUAAUUUCAAACUCUGAUUGUUUGAAUGUCGCUUUGUAAAUACUUGCAAAUGAAAAAAAAAACAAUUUAAUAUGUGUAAAUUAUACGAAGAAUAUAAUGGAUAAAAUAUACGACCGCAAUGGACGUUCGUGUAGUGUUUUCAGAGAUUCGAGUGUUCAUUGUUGACAUAAUUUCAUCGGUAAAAAUGUAAUUCUCGUGACAUCCGACAAUUAUCGAUAAUUAGAUGUCGAGGAUUAUGAGAUAUUUAUUUCUAUGAAUAGUGUGGAGAAUUUGUGAAAGACAAAUUAAAAGAAUUUACACUCGAGUCUGCGUGUGGAUUGAAUCACGCGCGUAGGAGCCCUCAGGUUUUUUAAUAUUUCACAUGCGUUUUUUGCAAUAGCCAAAUACCGACUGAAAAUUAUGAUGAAAAGAUAUCGUUUAUAACUAUUGAAUGAACAAAAUCGGUUAAGAACAAUUGAAAAUGCUCCUCUCUAAUCGUAUAAUGCCCAAUUCUGUGUACGCCCUUGUAACAUAUUAUCAUGAUUUUUUUAUUAGUCAGUAUAAUAAUUAUAAUAAGCAUAUUUUUUA